CGCUUACAUGCAACAUGGACUUCCUACAGUGGAGCUGUCAUGAUGUUGCCAGGUGGAUUGAGUCUAUAGGAUUUCCACAAUACAAAGCAUGUUUCACGGACAACUUCAUCACUGGCAGGAAGCUCAUCUAUGUAAACUGUAUCCACCUGCCAAGACUCGGAAUCACAGAUUUUAAAGACAUGCAGGUCAUCUCUGCUUGUGUGCGUGAGCUGCUGGGAAUCACAGAGACCAGGUGGAACAGAAGCAUCGCCGACCCCCUUCGGGACAACAUGGGCCUGUUCCUGGAGCAGAAGAGCUGCACAGGUGAACGAGCAGACAGCCUCACCAGCCAGCAGUUCUCAGAUAACACGCGUCGGAGAGAGAAAGAGCCCGACAUGAAUCACAACAGCAAAGGAGUGCAGUAAAAACCAAGACAUGUCAGUGUCAUUUCCUAUCACCAACUGUCAGCUCACGAUGACUCGGCUGAUACACUCACUGUGGGUCACAUGCAGGCCUUGACAUUAACACUUCCCACCAGCAGAAUGUGUGUAUGCUCUUGUAAUUAUGACGGCAGAUAGCAGGUUUUUUUUUUCAGUUUUCAGUCUGAAAAUCAUGUCUGGAAAUCUACAGACUGCUGGUAGGACCUCACAAAGCAAAUGGAACAACAAAGAUGUCGUCACACAUUUAUCAGUGACUCUGAACCCACAGCACACUCACAUGCACUAUGAUAGAGACCUCUUGUUCUGCAUAACUAUGAAUUCUCAAACCAUUUGGCUAUUCCUAUUGAUCUCCAUGUGGAUGUGUUGCAACUGGAUGGAGCUAUUGAUCUGCAGUGUACGAAUCCUCAGGGUAAUUCUCCGGAUGACAACCAACACCUAUUUUCAAUGUGCCAGGAGGCAACAAGAUCAGUAUAGAUCAUUUUUCUUGGGAAUAUAAUUUUUGAAAAAACAACACAGACUCUGCGAGACCAAGAAGAAUGCUGCAACACUACUGUAAUAGACUUAUGCACGUAUAGACAUCUUUGCCAACUUUGCACAAAAAGUCCAUAGGAUCAUUGCAUCAGAUAGCGACGGGUUGAGUGCCAAGCAGACCCAUGGGGAGCCAAGGCUUAUGGUUUCAGCCAAGUCAACACUUUCUUGCCAAUAAUCUAUGUAAUACAU